GGCGCACUGAGGAGUUGUCUCGCUUGGUGAGAGAGGGUGAGGAACGUCCCUCACAACACACCAGAGGCGGGAGAUAAACAAACUGCCAAGAUGAACUAUACACGACGAACUGUUCUCUCGGAUGGACUAACUGAUGUUGUAGUGGAUCUCCCGGAAAAGGAAAUUGAACGGAUUCAGACAGAUGCAGCAUACUGCCAACAUGUUUUUGAUAAGCAUGCACAUAAUGAUGGCUCGACAGAAGAAGAUAAUUUACAGCCACCAGGGGAAGAUGCCAGACAGUGUACAGAAGGGGCGUUUGAUCGACCCCGUAAGCCAUCUAAAGCUCCUUGGGAUGCGGACAUGACACGUUUCUUCAUCACCGAGUACCGCAGUGUGAGAAGCGUCAUGACCAAGAAGAGAGAGGCUUUCUUACACAUCUCAGAGAAAAUGAACCAAAAGGGAUAUGACGUCACGCCAUACACUGUCGAGAAGAAGUGGCAUAACCUAAUUAAAACGUACAAAAAUGUUUUAGAUCGAGCCAUCCACAAGGGAGAGGAAAAGAUAUGCUGGGAAUUCUUCGAGGACAUGGAUGAGAUAAUCAAGAACAGCACUCCAGCACUACCAGCUCCGGGCAACCUUCAAGCACUAGCCAAGUCUAGGAGAGCAUACCCUGAUCAAAUUGUCUCACCUACACCAGAGACCAUAUCAGUGUCUCCAGAUUUCUUGCCUUGCCCUCCAUCCCCAGAGUUAAUCAUCACAACCUCUCACUCCUCCUCCUCACCGCCCUCAGUUGAAGGGGGCAACACAUCUUCUCCAGCCUUUAAUGUGUCAACACUGUUAUCUUCAAAUGUACCAAGAUCUAAUCACAUGAUGAAUAAUUCCACUUCCUCCUUAUCAUCUACAGAGGCUCAAAAUUCCUCCCCUGCUCACUUUGUGUCAGACACUUCAUCCCAGACUCACCCCUCGUUUGCCAUUAAGAACCAAAUUGUAUCUACAGCAUCCUGGCCUUUACAUUCCCCUCAGAACCAAUCUUCCAACAUCACAAACCUGCCAGCCAUUACAACACAUUCAUCCUCCUUCAUGCAACCUCCCAAUAUGACUUCCCCCUCUCUGUCUAAUGGCUAUGGAUCACACAUUCAGAAUACUGCAUACUCUAAACCAAUAGAUCCAUCCCACCAGCCUGAUGCACUAAGUGUAGGCAUAGUAAAGAAUGAUAUAAAUAACAGGAAUUCACUACAUGAUGCUAAGAAGAGAAAGUGGAAGGAAGAUAAAUCUGAUGUUUACUCGUGUCACACUGAGGACCCAGAUGAUAUAUUGUCAGUUCAAAGAGAAAUGAAUGUUCAUCUUAAAACUUUGAACUCAAACAUUUUGUCGAUGGGACACACUUUAAAUGAGAAUAUUCUUGGGCUUAAGCGAGCUGUAGAAAGUAUGGUAACAAUUAUGCUUCAAAAUAAAGCCAGUGCUUAAAAAAUCAACAAAAUAUUACAAGUUUUUAGCUUAUCUAGGUAUGCUAAACCUGAGCCUGGCUCCUCACCUAAAACAGAAAUGAUGUUGAUUUUCAACAAGCUCUUGCAUAGGUCAUAUCUGGUGCUGCUUUUUUUUUCCAAUUUAGGAAAUGGAUAUGAUCAUGUAUGUGAGAAGCUAAAAGUUGUGUGAGAGAUACAUUAAAGCUGUAACAUGUACAGUAUUUUUGGUUGCUGCAUGUGUAGACUAUCUGCAGUGUAGCCUCUUUAAACAGGUAAUCAUGCAAAUGAUGAGCAAAAAUCAAAUUGUACUUCUAAAUUUCUAUAUAAGCACUGUGCUGUACUUAUUUCACUGUAAGGACACUCAAGAAUACUGUACGUAUAUUGUUUUCAGUUAUUAAUAUUUGUUAAUGAAAGUUUAUCAUUAUUAUGGAACAAAAAAUAAUUACCGUACUAAAUUAUGAAACAAGUAUCACGAAUAAAUAGCUUACUUUCAGGUGAAUCACUGGUGAAAUAUUAUGUUUUCCCACAAUUUGCAUGAUAUACCUUACCAGUACUUGGUAGUGACUAAACUCUGCUUUACAGUUGAGUGCAUUUAGUUUUAUUUUGACUCGAGAGGAAAUUAUAUGAGGCUUGUUUUGUUUUUUUAAUAUCAGGACUGUUGUAUGCCAAGGAGUGCGUGAGAAGCUUUAAACCUCUGAUUAUGGUACAAAAUGUUACAAUAAACAUUAAAUUGGCUUGUGAGACAAUGUAAUUUUUUUUAUUUGUGGAUAUUUUAGACAUAGUUUACCAUUUUUUUAUAAAUGUAAAUUUAAUGUAUUUAUGACUUUGAGGCAAACAAAUCUCAUAUUGUCCCCAGAAUCCCAUGACUGUAUAUAGUAGUGUAACUGGACAGUGAUGUUUGUUUGCCAUUAUCCAUCCAUUAAGUAUUUAAUUGUCAUAAACCAACUGGCAUGAACUGUCUUGAUUUUAAUAAUUUAUGUUUACUAACUGAGAAAUGUACAUUGUUGGGUGUGUGUAUGUUUGUAUAUACUACACACAGACACACAUAUAGUAUAUACACACACACAUACACAUAUAGGCACACACACACACACCUUUAUUAAUGUGAAGGGAGCAGCUAACCUGUGUUAGUUCUUGCCUCAUUCAUGUUGACAUUUUGGCUGCAAGACCAACACCAAGUUAACCAAAGAUUAAGUUAAAAAUGUUCAAGGGAAUGUAUUUGUUAACAGUGAGACCAGCAGCUGCAUUUUUCCCUAAGUCCAUACUGUACACCCGGUAGUCAGUCUUCCGUCCCAUCAUCCACGAAUCCUGAGAGUCGUAAACCUGUGAAUCCGAGACUCGUAAACCCGUGAAUCUGAGACAUCAAAUAGUGCCUCAUCUAUGGGCCCAACAAUGUGUGAUGUCUUGGAUUCACAGGUUCAUGACUCGGGGUUCACAGAUGGGACGGAGAAGUGAUGGGACUUUUCUCUGUAACUGUACCUUCACUCAAGCAAGGUAUACAUGAGUGAAGUACUGUAGUGUAUGUAAGUUACUGUUGGUUUACAAGACAAUGAAGAAAAUCCUAAGCUCUGAAUAUGUCAUUAUUUUCGUAUAAACCAACUAAUUUUUUUUUAAGAUAUAUAAACAAUGUUCCUUUUACCCAUAGAUCUCAUUGUUAUCAUCCCACACCCCUGUUUCAAAAGUUUGUAACAAGCAUAUUUUUAGUGUUUGAAUCCAUACCGCAGAUAUCACUUUUAUAAAUGUGUGUUGGCUGUUUCAUCCCUUCAGUUUGUUGAGGCAAUAAUUAAAUAUUGUGGUUCUUCCUCCAACAGACCAGCUCAUCUAUUAGGAAGUGUAAAGAAAUGCAAAUGACUAAAUGUUUGAAAAAAUAAUAAAAAUGUAGAUCAAGA